AUGGUGAUAGAAAGAGAAGACCAGAGAGUAAGACCAUCUCUUAGUAGACCAAGUGAGUUUAGCCUUGAUGGUGAUAGAGAAGACCAGAGAGUAAGACCAUCUCUUUUUAGACCCAGUGAGUUUAGCCUUGAUGGUGAUAGAGAAGACCAGAGAGUAAGACCAUCUCUUUUUAGACCAAGUGAGUUUAGCCUUGAUGGUGAUAGAGAAGACCAGAGAGUAAGACCAUCUAUUAGCAGACCAAGUGAGUUUAGCCCUGAUCGUGAUAGAGAAGACGGGAGAGUAAGACCAUCUCUUAGUAGACCAAGUGAGUUUAGCCUUGAUAGUGAUAGAGAAGACCAGAGAGUAAGACCAUCUCUUUUUAGACCAAGUGAGUUUAGCCUUGAUGGUGAUAGAGAAGACCAGAGAGUAAGACCAUCUCUUAGUAGACCAAGUGAGUUUAGCCUUGAUGGUGAUAGAGAAGACCAGAGAGUAAGACCAUCUCUUAGUAGACCAAGUGAGUUUAGCCUUGAUGGUGAUAGAGAAGACCAGAGAGUAAGACCAUCUCUUAGUAGACCAAGUGAGUUUAGCCCUGAUGGUGAUAGAGAAGACAGGAGAGUAAGACCAUCUCUUAGUAGACCAAGUGAGUUUAGCCUUGAUGGUGAUAGAGAAGACCAGAGAGUAAGACCAUCUCUUAGUAGACCAAGUGAGUUUAGACUUGAUGGUGAUAGAAAGAGAAGACCAGAGAGUAACGACCAUCUCUUAGUAGACCAAGUGAGUUUAGCCUUGAUGGUGAUAGAGAAGACAGGAGAUGAGUUUAGCCUUGAUGGUGAUAGAGAAGACAGGAGAGUAAGACCAUCUCUUAGUAGACCAAGUGAGUUUAGCCUUGAUAGUGAUAGAGAAGACCAGAGAGUAAGACCAUCUCUUUUUAGACCAAGUGAGUUUAGCCUUGAUGGUGAUAGAGAAGACCAGAGAGUAAGACCAUCUCUUAGUAGACCAAGUGAGUUUAGCCUUGAUGGUGAUAGAGAAGACCAGAGAGUAAGACCAUCUCAUAGUAGACCAAGUGAGUUUAGCCUUGAUGGUGAUAUAGAAGACAGGAGAGUAAGACCAUCUCUUAGUAGACCAAGUGAGUUUAGCCUUGAUGGUGAUAGAGAAGACCAGAGAGUAAGACCAUCUCUUAGCAGACCAAGUGAGUUUAGCCCUGAUCGUGAUAGAGAAGACAGGAGAGUAAGACCAUCUCUUAGUAGACCGAGUGAGUUUAGCCUUGAUGGUGAUAGAGAAGACCAGAGAGUAAGACCAUCUCUUAGUAGACCAAGUGAGUUUAGACUUGAUGGUGAUAGAGAAGACCAGAGAGUAAGACCAUCUCUUUUUAGACCAAGUGAGUUUAGCCUUGAUGGUGAUAGAGAAGACAGGAGAGUAAGACCAUCUCUUAGUAGACCAAGUGAGUUUAGCCUUGAUAGUGAUAGAGAAGACCAGAGAGUAAGACCAUCUCUUUUUAGACCAAGUGAGUUUAGCCUUGAUGGUGAUAGAGAAGACCAGAGAGUAAGACCAUCUAUUAGUAGACCAAGUGAGUUUAGCCUUGAUGGUGAUAGAGAAGACCAGAGAGUAAGACCAUCUCUUAGUAGACCAAGUGAGUUUAGCCUUGAUGGUGAUAGAGAAGACAGGAGAGUAAGACCAUCUCUUAGUAGACCAAGUGAGUUUAGCCCUGAUGGUGAUAGAGAAGACAGGAGAGUAAGACCAUCUCAUAGUAGACCAAGUGAGUUUAGCCUUGAUGGUGAUAGAGAAGACCAGAGAGUAAGACCAUCUCUUAGUAGACCAAGUGAGUUUAGCCUUGAUGGUGAUAGAGAAGACCAGAGAGUAAGACCAUCUCUUAGUAGACCAAGUGAGUUUAGCCUUGAUGGUGAUAGAGAAGACAGGAGAGUAAGACCAUCUCUUAGUAGACCAAGUGAGUUUAGCCCUGAUGGUGAUAGAGAAGACCAGAGAGUAAGACCAUCUCUUAGCAGACCAAGUGAGUUUAGCCUUGAUGGUGAUAGAGAAGACCAGAGAGUAAGACCAUCUCUUUUUAGACCAAGUGAGUUUAGCCUUGAUGGUGAUAGAGAAGACCAGAGAGUAAGACCAUCUCUUUUUAGACCAAGUGAGUUUAGCCUUGAUGGUGAUAGAGAAGACCAGAGAGUAAGACCAUCUCUUUUUAGACCAAGUGAGUUUAGCCUUGAUGGUGAUAGAGAAGACCAGAGAGUAAGACCAUCUCUUUUUAGACCAAGUGAGUUUAGCCUUGAUGGUGAUAGAGAAGACCAGAGAGUAAGACCAUCUCUUAGCAGACCAAGUGAGUUUAGCCCUGAUCGUGAUAGAGAAGACCAGAGAGUAAGACCAUCUCUUAGUAGACCGAGUCAAUAUAAAUGUGAUUAUGCUGCCCAGUACUGA